AUGGCAUUUCCGGUACUUGAAAAAAUAAAGAGGAGUAUAGUAGUAUUACUAGUAGGAGUAGGAGAUAAAGGUGCUGAAGACAUAAACAGGAGUAGGCAUAAAGUAGCCAAGAUGCCAAAGGGGAGUCUGGACGAGCCGACGAUGAGCGACGCGACCAUCUUGGUCACCGUGGAGGAUCUGAUCGACAGAGCCAUGGGACCCCCUGAUGCCAACAUAGUGAAUUUCAAGCUGGUUCAGGCGAUUCUCCACAUACUGGCGAGACAGCAGCGGCUGUUAACGCAACGAGUCGAAAUACGAAUCGUAGAACUAAGACGUGAAGGUAGGAAGAGGACUCCCGGGGAAGAAUCCUCAGAGAGCACAACCGAGAGUCCACUUCCGGGUAAAGGCAAGGCAAAGAGUCCAAGACGACCUGCCAAAAAAGAAAGAUCAGACACAGCGGGUACGAGAGAAAAAGAUAAGGCGGAAGAUAAAGGGGAUAGAAAAGAACGUGAAGGGGCUGCGAGAGUGACUCCGAGAGAAAAAGAAAUGAUAGAAAGGCAGGGGCAGCGGAAGACAACAAAAAUCCCAGAAGAACCAACUCGAUUCGCAACAAAACAAACGCAUAUGAUGGUGAAUAAAGAAGAAGAAGAAAAGGAAGAAUAUAUUACAAUAAAAGAAAAAAAUAAGCUGGAGGGAGCAGAAAAAAUGCCUCAAAAGGACAAAGCCGAAAAAAGGAAGCAGGAAAAGUUAAAAAUUAUUUCGCAAGAGGAACACGAAAAACUGUCAGAGAAAAAGGAGGCCAGAGCUAAAACCACGCCUCAAAUAGAAAGAGAAGAAUCAAAGAAAUAUGAAGAACCAAAGGAAUAUGAAAUUGAACAGCUAAAGAAGGACGAAAAAGUGUCUGAAAAAAAGGAAGCCAGAGCUAAAACCAUGCCCCAAAUAGGAAGAGAAGAAUCAAAGAAAUAUGAAGAACCAGAGGAAUAUGAAAUUGAACAGCUAAAGAAGGACGAAAAAGUGUCUGAAAAAAAGGAAGCCAGAGCUAAAACCAUGCCCCAAAUAGGAAGAGAAGAAUCAAAGAAAUAUGAAGAACCAGAGGAAUAUGAAAUUGAACAGCUAAAGAAGGACGAAAAAGUGUCUGAAAAAAAGGAGGCCAGAGCUAAAACCAUGCCCCAAAUAGAAAGAGAAGAAUCAAAGAAAUAUGAAGAACCAGAGGAAUAUGAAAUUGAACAGCUAAAGAAGGACGAAAAAGUGUCUGAAAAAAAGGAGGCCAGAGCUAAAACCAUGCCCCAAAUAGAAAGAGAAGAAUCAAAGAAAUAUGAAGAACCAGAGGAAUAUGAAAUUGAACAGCUAAAGAAGGACGAAAAAGUGUCUGAAAAAAAGGAGGCCAGAGCUAAAACCAUGCCCCAAAUAGAAAGAGAAGAAUCAAAGAAAUAUGAAGAACCAGAGGAAUAUGAAAUUGAACAGCUAAAGAAGGACGAAAAAGUGUCUGAAAAAAAGGAGGCCAGAGCUAAAACCAUGCCCCAAAUAGAAAGAGAAGAAUCAAAGAAAUACGAAGAACCAGAGGAAUAUGAAAUUGAACAGCUAAAGAAGGACGAAAAAGUGUCUGAAAAAAAGGAAGCCAGAGCUAAAACCAUGCCCCAAAUAGGAAGAGAAGAAUCAAAGAAAUAUGAAGAACCAAAGGAAUAUGAAAUUGAACAGCUAAAGAAGGACGAAAAAGUGUCUGAAAAAAAGGAGGCCAGAGCUAAAACCAUGCCCCAAAUAGAAAGAGAAGAAUCAAAGAAAUAUGAAGAACCAGAGGAAUAUGAAAUUGAACAGCUAAAGAAGGACGAAAAAGUGUCUGAAAAAAAGGACGCCAGAGCUAAAACCAUGCCCCAAAUAGGAAGAGAAGAAUCAAAAAAAUAUGAAGAACCAAAGGAAUAUGAAAUUGAACAGCUAAAGAAGGACGAAAAAGUGUCUGAAAAAAAGGAGGCCAGAGCUAAAACCAUGCCUCAAAUAGAAAGAGAAGAAUCAAAGAAAUAUGAAGAACCAGAGGAAUAUGAAAUUGAACAGCUAAAGAAGGACGAAAAAGUGUCUGAAAAAAAGGAAGCCAGAGCUAAAACCAUGCCCCAAAUAGGAAGAGAAGAAUCAAAGAAAUAUGAAGAACCAAAGGAAUAUGAAAUUGAACAGCUAAAGAAGGACGAAAAAGUGUCUGAAAAAAAGGAAGCCAGAGCUAAAACCAUGCCCCAAAUAGGAAGAGAAGAAUCAAAGAAAUAUGAAGAACCAAAGGAAUAUGAAAUUGAACAGCUAAAGAAGGACGAAAAAGUGUCUGAAAAAAAGGAAGCCAGAGCUAAAACCAUGUCCCAAAUAGGAAGAGAAGAAUCAAAGAAAUAUGAAGAACCAAAGGAAUAUGAAAUUGAACAGCUAAAGAAGGACGAGAAAGUGUCUGAAAAAAAGGAGGCCAGAGCUAAAACCAUGCCCCAAAUAGAAAGAGAAGAAUCAAAGAAGUAUGAAGGACCAAAGGAUAAUGAAAUUGAACCGCUAAAGAAAUACGAAAAAGUGUCUGAAAAAGAAAGAGAGAGGCAUGAAAAAGCAAAAACAAUGUCCCGAAUGGAAAAAGAAGAACCAGAAGAGAAAAAGAAAGAGGAAAAAGAGAGAGUGGAAGGAGUAAAAAUGAAAGAAGAGCGACAUGUAAAAGAGAAACUAGUCGAAAAAUAUCAACCAAAGGCCGAGAAGGGCCGAUGGCCUGCGAAAGAACAAGAAUCAGACCGAAAGAAACCUGAGCAAAGAAGUGGUUACGACAUUGAGAUAACGGAAAAAAUUGUCGAUCGUGAAAAAAUUCUGGUAGUUGAGAAAGCACCAACUACUCGCUCUGGUGCUCGCUCUAGCGGUAGCAUCGACGUGGUGACGCAGUCGCAGUUCGCUCUGCUGGAGUCGGCCGUGAAGCAGCUGGCGAGGAUGGCGGCCCCGCUGCAGCUGCAGCUGCCGGACAACAAGCAGCUCAUGAGCGACGUGAUGAGCGGCGCUGCCACCUUGCCUGACGCUAUGCAGACCUUACAGAUAAACUCUAGACUGCAGGCGGCGGAGACGGCCUUGGUCCGGAUGUCGGGUCUGAUGACGCAGCUGGCGGCAGCCGGAGCGCUGCCAGACGAAAUCGUUGAGCAGAUGGAAGCGUUAGAACCAUCCCUUGCAGAACUACGAACACAGGCGGAUCAGUUGUACCGACGAGACCAAGCAGACAAAUAUCAGCCUUUGACAGGAAAGAAGUCUGUCGCCAUGGAUCCCAAGAUUGCUCGAUCUAAAACCCCUAGAGUGUCUAAAGGCAUGGAGGUAGAACCUGCAGAGACGCUCAUCCAUGACAUCUCCGUAGCGCUACCUUCCACCGUGUCCAGAGUUUCCAGGGUGUCUUCGAUGACUGCAGGAGUUCCUUGUGUCACCUAUGAGGAUAUGGAAGCUGCUUUGAAAGACCUAAAGGAUGAAAUUCUUAAAUGUCUGAACAACAUGACAGGGAGAGCCACAUCAUCCGUAGAGACUGCUCUGCAUACCGCCAAACUUGUAGCUGAGAAGCUCGACAUUGCGUUGAAGCUGGACAAGCGAAUAUCAUUUCUACACUCUAUGGUUGAAGACUACGCUGAGCAGUUGAAAGGGUUCGACUCCGGACUCGCUACGCAGAUGCUAAGUUUCCAAGAACAAACGGCACAGAUGCGCGCAGACCUGCAAGCUGGACUUUUGCAGCUGGAAAACGUGAACAACAAUGCUGAAACUGCAGCCGUAUUGGAGCUGACAGAGAGGUACGACGAGCUGGCGAGUGAGCUGGACAGCACUCUGCACGCGCACAAGGCACUCACGGACUCGCAGGCGCAGCUGAACGCGGAAAUGCAUAGUCUAUUGGAAUGUAUGGAGAUGCUGCGGGAACAGAAGGCGGACCGGGAUGAAGUUCUGGAUGGACUAAGAGACAAGGCAGACUCGUCUCGACUGGCAGGGCUGCUGACGGAAGUGGAGUUCGCGGAAGCGAGGGCCGACUUCGAGCGAAGAAUCGGCUUGUGUUACGACAAGUUUGAGCGUCAGGAUGCUGUGUGGCAGGAAGCCAUAAAAGACAUGAAGUAUACAACGGAAAAGAAAGCUGAGCUGGUAGAGCUGCUCUCUAUGCGCGACGACGCACAACGGCAGCUGCAGAACUUGAACGACAAGAUUCGAGUGCUGGCUGCCGCACUCGGGGAGCCCAAGGCCGCACUGCUGACUCGCAAGAUGGCGGAAGGAGCGACGUGCGGCGCGUGCCGCGAGCGCGCGCUCAUGGAGCUCCACGAGGCGACGCACGGCGCGCCUCCCCGGCUGCCCGCCUUGCGCCCGCCUCCCGUCGGCGCCUCGGAGGAGCCCUGCCUCGCCGACUCGUUCGAGGUUGGGGCCGUCGUGGAAAGGCACAUGUGUCACCGCUGGUGCGGCGGCUCGCACACGCUGGUGUCGGAGUCCGCGCGACGCGUGCAAGCGACGCCUGUGGAGUUUGAAGUGGCCACGAGGAAGUUUGUGGACUACGGUGAUGACGGACGGCUGUAUAUGAUGGAAGAGGAGUGCCAGCCCUGUGCAGAGUGCAACAUGGGCGAUGAGCACCACCCCGCGCCCGAACGCGGCGCCGGAGACGAGGUGAUUGAGCCGGAAGCCCUCCUGGAGUGCACUUGCCCUCCGACUAAUUAGAACUGAGCUGCGGGGUGAUUCGCUAACUCAGUGCCCAACGAUGAAUAGUCACUGAGCUCAUUUUUUAGUCCAUUGAAGGUUUUCUACGAAACAAUAUUUUAAUAUCACCCAGUGAAGCAGCAAUGUAGAACCAACUAUCAUUCAACGUUAGACACUGAAUUUGACUCGGAUACGAGUUCUUUUCCUAGUACUUCUUUUGUAAAUCCUUUAAAUACUGUUUGAUUAGUUAGUAGUAUAUUUUGUUAUCUACUUCUUUUAUUUUAUUAUACCUA